GACUACAUCUGUAAACAAGCACCGUUGAAAGAGCCGGACAGCCCCAUAAAACCACCCAAGAAGAAGGUAUAGCUUUUCACGGAAGGCAAUUUAAAGGGAAAGAGGUUGCAGAAGGACGGUAGGCGUGCUCCGAGGCUCCCCAUCAGACGAGGAGGCCAGGGCACGGCAGCGGCGGGGACCGAGGGAUGCUUCCGGCGCCGUGACGAGGCCGCCUGCAGGACCCCGGGGUGGCCAUGGACCUGGCGGCCAACGUGCGGCAGUUCAAGGACUUCCUGCUCCUGUAUAACCAUAUAUCUGAACGCUGUUUUAACCUGUGCAUCAAUGGCUUCAAUGAUCGUACCAUCUCCACUGAUGAAAGCACUUGUGUGGAUAGGUGUGUUGGGAAGCAUAUCCAUGCCAACCACAAGAUUAUGUCAGUGUAUGCUGAGCUGCAGCCUGUCUACAUGCAGAGGAGAAUUGAUGAAAUGAACCAGCAGAUGGAGGCUCAACAAGCAGCACAGGAAGCAUCCAUUGAACAGACACAGCAAUCAGUGCAGGAGCAGCAGCAGCAGCAGUAGUAGUAAGAAAGGCAUAUUAAAUCCUCAAAAUCUGUUGAGUGACAUUUACAGCAAGUCACUUAAUGCCAGGUGAACAUGGCAUACAUUGCAAGAGCAAUAUCCAGAACUGCAAGACAGGUUUUUGUAAAAGCAUGUGUUGGC